CUUGUAUGAAUAACUAGUAGCAUUUCACUUUUUUUUGCGAUUUAUAUUUUUAGUCACCUGUCUUGUAUUGACGACAAACAACACUGCGCUGCAAUAACGCAGAGAACUCCGGCAUAAAUCCCAUCGAUAUGCUAUAACGAUUAGUCUUCCAGCGCGUGGUCUGUUUUACAGUGGCUCAUCAUUCGUCAGUGAAUGAACAGAUUGGCUGCCAUUAGCCGGUGUAGACCCGUCAGUUCUAUUGUUGCAGGUUUUAGUCAGCAGUACAAUGGAUAAAACAUUUACGUUGUAUUCGGACAAAGCCGAAGACGUCGCUACCUCCUCUAGUUUCCGCCAGUUUAAAAUAGAUCAUUUUCAUCUCGAUCUUAAAGUGGACUUUGAGCAGAAAACCAUAUCAGGUACCGAAACAAUACAGCUGCAGUGCAUUCAGGAUGGUCAAAGUGAGUUACAGCUGGAUAUUCAUCCAACACUGUCUGUACAUGAGAUCACGUUCAGUCAUAAUGCACGUGACUGGACCACAACAGAAUUUCUGAUUCGAGACUUCACCAAUUAUGGGACAACUCUGGUCGUGAAGUUUCCAAAACCUUUCAACUCAGAUGACAAACUUCAACUUGCAAUCAAAUAUACAGCUACUGGUGGACCAGGGAUGUCAUGGCUGGACCCAGUGCAGACGGCUGAGAAGAAGCUGCCAUUCUUGUACACAUCUGGGUUCCCUGUCCUGAACCGCAGCCUGUUUCCCGGCUUCCAUACGCCCAUGACAAAGAGCACUUACUCGGCUGUUGUGCAGGUUCCUGAUGGCUUCACAGCAGUUAUGAGCGCUAGUAAAUGGGAAGAGAGGGAAGCAGACAGCGCUUUCCUGUUCACCAUGGAGCAUCCCAUUCCUGCUUACCUGGUAGCUCUGGCAGUAGGGGACCUGCGAUCUGCUGAGGUUGGACCCAGGACACGUGUCUGGACCGAGCCUUGUUUACUGCAGGCUGCCAAGCAGGAGUAUGAUAAUGUGAUUGAAGAGUUCCUGUCUGUGGGAGAGAAACUGUUUGGACCCUACGUUUGGGGAAGAUAUGACGUGCUGUUCAUGCCUCCAUCCUUCCCUUUCGGUGGGAUGGAGAACCCCUGCCUGACCUUUGUCACACCCUGUCUGCUGGCCGGAGAUCGUUCUCUCGCUGACGUCAUUGUACACGAGAUCUGCCACAGCUGGUUUGGAAACCUCGUCACCAACGCCACCUGGGGUGAUUUCUGGCUGAACGAGGGCUUCACCAUGUAUGCUCAGCGCAGGGUUUGCAGGGAGCUGUAUGGAGAGGCUUAUACGUGUCUGGAGGCAGCGACCGGUAAAGCUCUUCUCCGUCAGCACAUGGACAACACUGGAGAGGACCAUCCUCUCAAUAAACUACGGGUUAAGAUCGAACCAGGUGUUGAUCCUGAUGAUACCUACAAUGACACGCCCUAUGAGAAAGGUUUCUGCUUUGUUUCCUACCUAGCCCACCUCGCAGGAGAUCAGUCACGCUUUGACGCAUUCCUCAAGGCUUAUGUGGACAAGUUCAAGUUCAGAAGUGUGUUGGCAGAAGAUGCGUUGGAGUUUUACCUGGAGUAUUUCCCAGACCUGAAAGAAAAGAAUGUCCACAAAAUUGAGGGUCUGGAUUUUGACAGCUGGCUCAAUGUCCCUGGUUGGCCUCCAUAUGUUCCCGACCUCUCUGCUGGCCAGGAGCUGAUGAAACCAGCAGAGCUGUUAGCUGAAAUGUGGGUCAAUCAUAACCCAGACUUGGAAUCUAUCUGCAAAACUGAUAUAAAACCGUGGAAGACCUACCAAACUGUCUACUUCUUGGACAAGAUUCUUGAGAAGUCACCACUUCCAGAUGGUCACAUAAAGAAGCUGGAGGAGUGCUACUCGUACAUUAUUGAGUCCAACAAUGCCGAGCUAAAAUUGCGAUGGGCCCAGAUUGUUGCAAAGAACCAGCAUAAACCAGGAUUCCAACAUAUUCGCAAUUUCCUCACAAGCCAGGGGAAACAGAGGUACACAUUACCGGUUUAUCGGGCACUUUGGAAUGGAUCAGAAGAGACAAAGACUCUGGCAAUGGAAGUUUUCUCAGCCACCUCGAAACAGCUUCACUUCAACGUCCGCAAUUACGUCAAAAAGAUAAUAGCUUGAGCAUAAAUGAAAUAGGAAAAUAUAAGGGAAACCAAUGUAUGCAAUGAUCUGCUUUUAAAAGCACCCGGGUAUCUUAAAAUUAUGGGGCUUUGAGUACUGACUUAACAAUAUGUAUUAAUUAUUCAGGAAAUUUAAUUAUGGUUUUUUGAAUUUGUGAAUUAUAUUUGUGUUUUUAAUAAAUCAAAUAUUUUCCAGGCAUUUAAUU